AUGGGACCUCUUCAAUUGUGCAACUCUCUGCACAUCGUCAUUGUUCUCUGCAGCGCAACUUCCACUUCCAGUAUGGCUGGCGUUGGCAGUGGCACAAACAAGGCGUUAACGCGUCUCCAAACACCAAUAGUGCCAGUACCGACGGGGAAGUGGGUUCCAACACAUCUUUGUCUAAUGCAUCUCCAAACACCAAUAGUGCUACCAUUUUCUGGAGUCGACAGUACCGACAGGGAAGUGGGUUCCAACACAUCUUCAUCUAACACGUCUCCAAACACCAAUAGUGCCAGUACCGACGGGGAAGUGGGUUCCAACACAUCUUCGUCUAACGCAUCUCCAAACACCAAUAGUGCUAGCAAUGUUUCCAACACAUCUUCGUCUAACGCAUCUCCAAACACCAAUAGUGCUAACAAUGUUUCCAACACAUCUUCGUCUAACGCAUCUCCAAACACCAAUAGCGCACCUCCAUCUAACGCGACUCCAAACACCAAUAGUGCUAGCAAUCUCUCUGCAGCGCAACUUCCGGUGAACAUUGUUCUGGAUCUUUGCGCCACUCUCUGCACAUUGUUAUUGGUCUUGCUCCUUUGCGACACACUCACACUGGCCAGCGCACUCGGACUCGCACUCACUCAGACCACUCUAGUUCAUAUGGCGAACCCGAACAGCAUUGUCUGUCAAUUUAUGGAAGAUGCCCUUGCCGCCAAAGACCGAAUCUGUGAAUGCCCGAGUUGUCGUGCCCAGAUCGCAAAAGGCCAGCCUUGUUUUUACGUGGCUACAAUGCAACCUGGCAGAUCUGGGCGCAAUAAACCCACCACAUCACAGCCUGCCUUACGACAACAUCUGUCGUCCACCCCAGCAAGUCAGCGAUGGCCUGAUCCUAAGGUCAUUCGGCAGUCAGUGAAUGCUUCCCAACGGAAAUCGAGUGUCAAUCCGCCUCGUGUGGUGGCAAUCCCUGACUGGACCAAUACCUCUAUGGGCCCACCGCCUGUCCCUCUGCCUCGCGACCGUACAACUGGUCCUGAUGUAGCUGUUCCCAUGUCUUGGCAGGGGCUGGCGGCAUCACCAAUACCAUCGAGGCUCACGGGUCCCAUUGGAUAUUCAGCCCACCACGGAUCGUAUUCGACUGAAUACCAGAGAUGGUCCAAACUCUCAUAUGCUACUCCUGGUGGCGCAAUGGCUGAAACCAUUUCGCUAGAGAUCUCGGCCAUUCAUGAAGCGGGCGGGCACAAGAAAUCAAGAGGUACAUUAAUCGGGAAUAUCUGCGAGGGCAAGAAGGAUAUUGACGCCCAAAUUGAUGCCCCGGGCCUCAUAAACUUGGCUAUGGAGACGGUUCUGCCCAAGCUACAUGCAUUUGGCGGGACCUUUUCGUGGCGCGAGCAUGAAUUCAUCGUGCGAGACUUGAAAUGGGUCCUGGCAAAGGCCCCAAUAUUCAAGAUGAAACAAUUCGGCCUUAUGGUAGUUGUGCCAAAGAUUCAAUGGACCGAUUUCGAAGACUGGCAAGAAGCGAAUGAAAUGGCGAUCGAACGCUCAAGUCGUCAGGCUAAGGGCAAGGGCAAGGCAGACCCGCUGUUUUUUGCCGACUCGGCAGAAUCACUGGCAUACACAUACUCAACUGACCCACCGUUCGACCCAACUGACUUCAACUCAGCUGACCCACCGUUUGACUCUCAGACAGCGCCAAACCACCAAUUCGACUCAGUUGACCCACCGUUCGACUCUGAGUCAGCACUGAAGAUAUCAUCUGCUGCCACCCCAGUACCAGCGCUGAGCACGUCAUCUACUGCUGCCACAGUCCCUGCACCAGUUACCACAACUACCAAGCGAACUCAUGAGCGUGCGAUAAGUAUCACCUCUUCACCUUCACCUCCUCGCAAGCAUAAUCUCGUAAUCCCCCUGCCUGUUCUCUGCUCUCCUGAUCGCGACGACCUGAGGAUAGCCUUGAAGAUUGGAGGAGGUGCGGAUUUAGAUAUGCAGCAGGGUGGAUUCAAGACUGCGCAUACAGGAUGGUUGACAUUGAUGUCGCCUCCUACCUCAGGUCUUGGGUCCAGGGCACGGCAUGACAUUGUUGUGAAACGUCCAUUCGAGAAGUUAUUUAGGGAAGCAAACAUCCUAUACUGGGCAAAAGCUCUGUUAGGUCUCGUCUACGAUGUCAUUGACCGUGCUGUGGCAGGGGCAUCUGAGCCUGUACCAUUCAAUAUUCCCCGUGUGCGCUUUGUCGAAGCUGGUCUGGCGCUAUCUUACUAUCAAGAUAGUAGCAAGCCUGCAUUAAAGUAUAUUCAUAACAUGGACCCCAACCCAUUACUUGAUCCAGAUGAACCUGGAUAUGACUUUGCAUUGUUCCUUGCCUUCACACAACAUGUACAGUAUGUGAAGACAGGUGGGCUGGUCUUCAUCUCUGAUUAUCAAGGCAAUACCGAGCUGUUGACCGACCCACAGAUUAUGACACACCCUUCGGUUAGUGACAAGAAAGACAUCUUUGGGGGGGGGCAACAUCGAGAAGGCGUUCUCAAACUCCUCUUACCUACAGUUGAGAUCCUCUCCCUCGAUCUCUCAUCUUCAUUUCGCAAAGCCAUCAUCCCUAUACUCCCUACCUCCGCUCCCCGUCUCAAAGCUCUUGAGCUCAAGGGCAGCCUCUUCAUGACCGAUAAAAAUCCCUCAGAAAUUGAGUCCCUCCUCACGAAUUAUCCCGAUUGUCUCGCAGAGCUUUCUUUGACAUGUCACUGGCAUGAUGUCCCGAGCACUGUGCUCAACGUCAUUGCACCAUGGCCAUCUCUCCGGUCUCUCACCUUAAAGCUAGGUCUCGAAAGUAUCCCUACCGCACCUCUUCGCAUCCCCAAGCCCUUUGCCGCACUCACCCACUUGCACAUCUCAUCUGAUGACACUUUGGACCUUUUUAUAUCCUUCCUGCGCACCUUCCGAAUCCUCAAUUUUGAUUCUUCCAAUACCACAUCACUCAACCUCAAAACAAUCCAAUUCAUCGCAGAAGGUUGCAGCCCAGCCAACACCUGGUCCCAAUUACUCACAUCUCUCACCCACACAAACGCAAAACUAGAACACAUCAUGCUAACCGAAAAAUCCAGCUAUGAAUACCACCCACACUCCUCUUUUGACUUUCGUCUCCUACUCGCGCACCAGAGUCUCACGCGUCUCAAUACCCUCGUACUCUCCCCAGGCCGUACAUCAUCCAUUACACUCACAGACGCAGACAUUCUCACCCUCGCUCGUACAUGCCCUCAUCUCCACGUUUUUGACUUGGGGUUGCGGAAUACCCCAGUAUCAUUGCAUGCUUUGAAUAUCCUUGUCAGGCGCUGUCGCGAGUUGCGCCAAGUCUCGUUCUGUGUGGAUGGACGGGUUGAUGCACUCGGGGAUGGUGAAAACGAAGACGAAGUAGGUCUCCAGCCUAAUGCGCGCUUGAUAACACUGGAAGUCGGGAACUCUCCUGUCGCGUACGUGGGCCCUCUGCGCUCAUCGCCAGAGCUGAAGGAGUCCAUCCCGCGGUUCCUGCAUGCGAUGGCGCCGAGGCUUAAGAGCGUCACGGAUGGGCUGCGGUCCCAUGGAACACGUGAGAAUCCAUGGGAGGUGGUGUCAUACGCUUUGUGGAUGAUGGUGACAGACGAAGAAGACGACUGAUGGUGUUUCUCGAGGGAUAUGCGGCGAGAUCAAUCGCGAGAGGGUUCAACUAACGCUUUUGGAGUACAGGUGUAUUAACAUUUCAUUGUAACUUUACAAGAGAACAACGAUUUGGAAAACUGUAUCAGGUAGGAUGACAUACGUGACAAGAAGAAAUGAUACUGGCCUUGAGUGACACUGGCAUAUGCGACUACUUAUGCAUAUGUUUGAGUGGCAUCCCCUCCGAGUUCCAUCAUAC